AUGUCGCUCCAACAAAACACCACGUCCCUCCCCGACGCCCCCCCAGACUCCCUCAACCUCAACCUCUCCCUCACCUCCGCCACCCAAAUCUACGCCCACGGCGCCGACCGUAUCGUCUGGUCCCUUCCCCCUCCUUAUAACCCCACCGGGAAAGACAACGACAUCCUCCCCCCUCCCUAUACCCCCACCCCCCAAGACAACAACAACAACACCCUCCCGACCACAAUCCUCAAACGCACCGCCUUCUCCCCGACCAACUCCGCCACCGAAGCAGCCACCCACCACUUCCUCACCAACCUCACCACCACUGCCCAUCCUUCCCUCAAACUCGCCCAUUUUCCGUCCCCGCGCGUCUUUGCCGAAUGGACCUCCCGCGAUAAAAAGCAUCAUUACCUCCUCGAGGAGCAAGUCCCCGGGACUACCCUGGGCGCCGCCUGGCCACGUCUCACCAUGCGGCAGAAGGUAGCCGUCGCGGAAGAGGUUAGUUCGUGGAUGUCACGCCUGGCACGGGCCUUCCCCGGUGAGAAAAUGGAGAGUGUUUGCGGUCGACGGCUACCGGGUAACGGGUUUGUACCGCCAUACAUGGUGAUUCUCAACGCGGACGAAGGACGCGGGCGGGAGGUGAGCGGGGACUGUUUGGGGGGUCGGUGGCGGACAGAUGAGGAGGUGUGGCGGGGGGAGUUUUUGCCGCGAUUGAGGGGGAUGGGCGUGGAGGAGAGGGUGGUGAGGGAGGUGAGACGGACGAUGCCGCCUGUUGAGACGGAACUGGCGCUGACGCAUUGUGAUUUGUAUCAUGGGAAUGUGAUGGUUGAUACUGGGGAGGAGGGGGACGCGGAGUAUCCGGAUGGGAUACAGGUUACGGGGAUUAUCGAUUGGGAGAGUGCGGGUUACUGGCCGAAGUGGUUCCAGUUUGCGCGGAUUACGUAUGGGGUGGAUGAGGAGGUGGAUGACGAGUGGAAGUGGGUGCUGUCGGAGGCGUGUCGGAGGCGGAUUCCGUUUGCAGAUCAUGGCCGGGUGUGGUGGGAUGUGGUCACCACGUUGUGCGAGCGGCCGGGGAGUAUGACGGCGCGCGCGUGGUUGGCGCUGUUGGGACGGUUUGUUGAUAGGGGGGCGACAGAGGCGGAGUUGAGGGGGUAUCAGAGGAUGACCCGGGAGGAGGCGAGAAGGGAGAUUGAGAGGCAGGCCGACGGUAUGCUUUAG